CCCACCAUGUCUGUGUGUUUGUUGGUGUUUUAGAUGAGCUGGUAUCUUCAGGACAUGUGCGUGGUGUUUGCUGGACCGCUCCCUGCCGGCUUCUCCGAGAAAGCAGUGAGGCGACUGUUCCGCUGCUGCGGCUCAAUCAGGGCCGUCGAAAUGCUGGAAACCACACACAGGGUUCAUGCCGUGGUGGAGUUCGAAUUACUCGAAGCCGCUGCGCUGGCGCUACAAAUGCUAAACGGUGCCACCGUGCAGGGACACACUGUGAAGGUUCAGAGGCCGGUGACAGAGUCCACGCUGGAUUUUGACGUGACUCUGGACGCCCUGAUGAGCGACGCCGUCAACGCGCGCCGUCUCUACGCGCUCAAGCUAAAAUGUCACAUGACCGCCAAUGGGCACACACCGGACGGCAAGCUGGCAGUGAACAGCUGCCCAUCCGUGUCGCUUCCCAUCAAAAAGUGCAAGCUGAGCGAUGAGACGCUGACGAAGACGUUUGGCCGCUUCGGAGUCGUGGAAAGGGUCGCGUUGAUGGACGAACCUGAAAUGGAGCCCAAUUAUGCCUACAUACAUUUUGCGCAUUCUGAGGGGAAACAGGCGGCUGUCGACUCCUCCGCGGAACUUUGGCAGGAAAAGUACGUGACAUGUCCGGCGCUGACUCCAGCAGACGCUACUUGCGGUGUGAGCCCGCACGAAGGGCCAAUUCACUUCGGAGGCCAAACACACCACAAAUCUCCUCAGGAUGCGGCACUGCAGCGGAUGAUGAAGAACCUGGACACACGACUGGGGAAAGUCUUUAGGUCUCUCCCAGAAUGCACCUUGUCUGUGGUGCUGCUGCUCGCUCACAACAGUGCUCAUAAUCCGCCAUCGCCUGGUUUGUGCCUUUUGGAGAUCAAGCGUAAGAAGUCAAGUCAAGCCCUCACAUGACAGCACGUGCGGUGUCGUGGACAUCCACUUCCGGUGUCCAACAGACUCAAUUCAAAAAUGGGGAUGAAACUGUGACCAUCUUCAAAACACGUGAGAAUAGAACUGUGGUACAGAAGUGGAAAAAAUAAAUCUGAAAGUACCUUUGA